AUGCGGUUUUUCCUGGAAACACUUGCGUUUUGCGCUGUCCUUAUACCAGCCACAACAGCCUCACCUCUCGAACGACUUCGCAGCUAUGAUAAAGUCCAUGCCAGUCCAGUCGUGACAAUCGAUUCAGGUGUUAUCAUCGGUAAAAAUGCGGAAGUCCUUGGCUCAAAGGCAACAGUGCACCAGUUUCUCGGUAUCCCAUUUGCCAAACCACCGGUCAAGGACCUGCGAUUCUCACCACCAGAGCGCCCACUGCCAUGGGACAAACCGAGACGUACUACCAAGAGCCCUCCGGCUUGCAUUCAAGAUUUCGGUAACAAAACUUCUGGCAGCGAGUUUCAAAAGGCAUUGUUUAAUACACCUCCCGCGCCUGGAGAGAGCGAGGAUUGUUUGUAUUUAAACGUCUACCGGCCCAGCGGUGACUACGACGGAAAGCCGAUAUUGUUCUGGAUAUACGGUGGUGGGUAUAGGUUUGGAGCAAGUUCAUAUCCGUUUUACGACGGCUCAAGCCUUGCCGCAAAUCAGGAUAUCAUCGUGGUUACCGUGAAUUACCGGACGAACUUGUUUGGCUUUCCCCGGUCACCGCAGCUUCCGUUAGACCAGCGGAACUUGGGUAUACUUGACCAGAGACUUGCUCUUGACUGGGUAAAGAGAAAUAUUCAUGCCUUUGGAGGCGACCCAGAUAAAGUAACCAUUGCUGGGCAGUCUGCCGGAGCGGUAUCUGUGGGCCAUCUCAUCAAUACAGCUCCCGCCGAUCUACCUUUUCGAGCAGCCAUUUUGCAAUCGGGGUCGUCACUCUUCCAAAUCCCUCCAAGCCCUCCCAACAGCGAAUUCUCAUCUUGGACAGCAUUGGUGCAACGUCUCAACUGUACCGUCGCUUCAGACUCAGCCAUAUUGGAAUGUGUUCGUGGCGCGAGCGCCGAUACCUUGCGUGGAAUAUUGUUGGAGACAGGUCUACCGUUCCAAAAACCCAACAUAGACAACGUUACUGUCCUCGAAUCCCCAGCCAAGGCGUACGCUGCAGGCCAGGCAGCAAAAGUACCGAUCCUCAUAGGCUCAACUCUAGACGACGGAUCAACGUUCGCCUACGGCAAAGGGGAUAAUGUCACAGCCUUCAUCGGGAGUUUAUCGUUUCCCCCUGGAGUAGCGGAGGCGAUAACUAAACUAUACGCACCAAACUCCACUGCAACAACGGGCCUAUCAACGGGUAACCAAAUAAUCUCACAGAUGAUAACAGACUCGACGUUCCGCUGCCCUGCUGGCUUUACUGCAAAUCUUACCACAACGGCUCUGAAAGCGCGCGUAUGGCAAUACCUGUUCAAUGACCCUGCUGCACGCCAUCCAGAGUACCCAGACCUAGGAGUCUACCAUACAUCUGAUAUCGCCUAUGUAUUUGGUACGCAGGGCCUCCGCGACCCGGGACAAGCAAACAAGCUCUGGCUACAAAAGCUAUGGGCAGACUUUGUCAAGGACCCGCAAGCCGGCCCGGGCUGGAGACAGUACCCUUCCGUUGGCCUGCUAAUGGGAGACGGGACAAAUGCUAUCCCUACCAAAGACGUAAAAACGUUAGAUCCUAUAUGCCGAGAAUGGGAUAGGCUAUAUUCCUUAGCACUGCUCAAGCGCUGA